UCACAUCCCGAAACGGAACGUCCCCCUCUCCUUUUUUAGAGACGACUCCGUUCCGUUCCCGUGACCACCUCCCUCCUCCGUCGCCGUUGACCCCCGCCCCUUCUCCUUCGCAAAACCCCCUCGAGGGUUUCCUCCAAACCCUAGCCCCCAUCCUCCCCUCCUCCAAAACCCUAAUACCGCGCAGCGGAUUCCCAUGGCCUCCCUGUUCGCCGAGGCGGCGCUCGCCCUCUCGCGGCCGCCGCGGCGGCGGCGGUGGCUCCUCCUCGCCCUCGCCGUCGCCGCCUCCGGCUACGGCGCCUACAGGGUUUACCACCUCCCCUCCGUCGCGAGGAGGCGGAGGAGGCUCGCGCGGCUCCUCCACGCCGUCGUCGCCCUCGCUGACGCCGCCUCCGCCUCCGCCGAUGCAGCCGCUCUCGUCUCCGGCGACCUCAACCGCUUCCUCCGCUCCGACUCCGACGAGAUCCCCACCAGCCUGCGGCAAGCGUCGAAGAUCGCCAUGUCCGAGGAUUUCUCGAGCUCCGUCUCCGCCCUCUCCGAAGCCGUGACCCGCGGCGUCCUCCGCGGCUCCGUCUCCGGGUCCGAUUCCUCAACCGAGCCCUUAUCGGAUCGGCUUCUGGACAAGCUCUUCUCCCCCGCCGGUUCCAGCUUCGCCUCCGUCGUCGUCGGGAGCUUCGCGCGGAACCUGGUGGUUGCGCACCACUCCGCGGUGCCGAGCGGGGAAAGCGCGGAGGAUCCGCGGUGGCUCCGGGUGGUGUUCGGGGACAGGGGGAAGGAGCUCGGGGCGAAUUGGAUCCAGGUGUUCGUGAGCACCGCGGUGGCGGCGUACCUCGACCGCACCAUGGCGAUCAACACGUUCGACGAGGCGCUCUCCAGCAUCACCAACCCCAAGCACGAGGCAAAGGUGAAGGAUCUGUUGGUCUCCCUCAGCAAUGGCGCCGUCGAAACCCUAGUCCGGACCUCGCACCAGGUCAUCACCUCUUCAAGCUCGAGCUCAUCGAAGACCCCAGUGGAACUCGUCGCGAGAGAAGCUAUUGAAUCGAAUUCGGCCGCGUUGGUAGUUCCAGGCAAUAGGAGGUUAGUGCUCGACGUAACCGGGAGGGUGACGUCGGAGAUGGUGAGGUCCUUCCUUGAUUUCGUGCUACGGGGCGUUUCGGAUGGCGUGAAGAAGAGCGUCCAUGGCGCUCACCAUGAGGUGGUGGAAAGGGGCUUGAUGGUGGUGAGGUAUCUCAGUGCCAAGUCCAUGGCCAUCUUCACCAUAUGCCUUGCCUUGUGCAUGCACAUCUCUAUCGGGACGAGGCUUAUCGUCCCUGCUUAAGUGUCGGCUUCUGUUACUUCACUAGGAAGUUGUUUGAGAAUUUCCGUUCUUACUGCUCCAAAUUAUACUACAUUCCUUGAAAAGAAACCACAGGAGAGAAAGGGAAUCAAGUUCCAUGCUUUUUUGGCGAACCUUCUUUCUUCAAAGACCAGUAGUGCCUGAAUGUUUGUCCACACGAUUUGGUAAAUUGUGUUAGACUUAUUUACAGUUGAUUUCUUUUUAAUAGAAUAGCUCUUUUCGGUGUGUUAGAAAAGGGCAAUUGUUAUUAUUACAUCAGAUUGAUGGGAAGCAACAUGUUUUAUUUGUGUGUAAGUAGAGAAAGCUUAGAGGAAAAGCAGGUGUAGAGAAGAAGCAUUGUACAACAAGAGUUCUUUUGUUAUAAAUUAGUUGGAAAUAUGAAGAAAAGUUGAUUUUCUCUGC